GAAAACGAGAGAAGGAGGGUUUCGUCUACCGAAGUCGACUACGAAUUCCAAGAUCACCGAGAUAUCUCCGCUGCAAURAUCCUUGCAAAGCAAUCGAAAAUGAUCGUCUUGCUCUGACUGCAUUGGGUGCCUAAAUAGAUUCUAUUGCUAUAAUUGCGCAGUCAGACCGUCCGAUUGGCUCGACCAUUUAAGCGUUCGAUGCAACAAUARGGACGAGGCGAAAGAUAAAGCUUCCACGCAAGAUUAGAACGAGUAUGUCGUUGGACACGUCCCGAAUCCCCUUUGGCAGCUUCAUAGACAGGAUACGGCAAGAUAAGAACAACGACGAUGAUUUUGAAACUGCCUACACCUAUGGCCAAUCCGAGGAAGAAGAAAACGAUCGCCCCGGCGUGGAACUCUUUCUUGUCCUCUUGCUCUUUGUAGUUGUCAUGGUCCUAGUUCGCUACGGUUGUAUCCUCUUCAUCGAUUACGUGAUUUUGUGCAAGUGUCGGAGAAACCGUGCAARCAGAUACAAUGGGAACCAAAAUGACGACAGAGACAACAAUAGCAGCAAUGACAACGACAACGCUGACGGUGUCGACAUAGAACUGGCGGAAUGCAACGAUAGCACAAAGGAGUUGCUGGAGGGGCUGACACUGACAGAGAAGCGGAGCCUUUUUUCCUCAAUAUUAGAGUGCAGGAAAGCGACCAAGAGCGACAUUCAGAUUUGGAAACAGGCCAACCACAAUUCCGAUGGGGGAAACAACCGGAAAACGGAAGCAUCUUCUGGUGUUCCCGAGAGCAAUAGAAGCGUUGCCACCAGCGAUACACCCGAUCUAUCUCUACACGACAAGAAUAGAAGCAGAAGCGACACAAUGGGUUCCGCCGAUCUGUGCUGUCCGAUCUGCAUCCAGGACAUCCAGGUGGGAGAUGACGUCUGCUAUUCCAAGUAUUGUGAACAGCAUCUCUUUCACCUGGACUGCAUCGUCAAUUGGUUGAGUACGGGGUCGACCCUAUGCCCGUGCUGCCGACGUGUGAUCCUUACCAGGACCAUGCUGGAGGAAUCGCUGCAAGAGAUGUCCCCCAAAAGAAAAUAGACGAGGACAAGAACUAGUGMAUACGGCCAAACUAKGGCGUAAAAUCAAACGAAAGAAAGCGAAUCAUGGUACUUUCUAAAUUGAGGACAAAAAAAGUAGGAAUCUAAACGGAAUAGAACCGAACCGAACCGAAGCUUUCGAUACCGCGAUUCGAUUAACAAGUGUGGUGUGGCCUACUGCAUCAACAAAGUACGAAAGUGAUUGAGUGCGUUUGAUGUCUGUUUGGGUUCGACUGGCAGAAGUCAAAUGUCCUGUGCGAAAAUCGUCUCAUGAAGUAGUGCUUCUGCGGAAUGCAUUUCCAAGAAGGCAUUAAAUAUCUGGAAAGAACGAGUUCUAUUUUUAUGCUSGUUGGAGGCCUGCUGACACCUUUCGCCAUAUCAACUGAUGGUCGGGAGACAUAUCUCUUUUUGAAGCAAUAUGAAAACUAUAGGAAAGUGCUUGGACAGCCAUUGUACAUCGGAAUAUACCGUAGGGAUGCACUUGACUUUCAUUUUUCUCAAUCCGGUUGAUUAGAUUCUUCUCCUUUCAAAAACUAUUUCAUGUUCCGUACAGCGUUCAGAUUACUUGGAGGGGCGAUGUGUUCCUCAACGCACAGUACGCAAUACAUCAUCCACUUGUCAAAUCCAAAUGCAACAGGAGCAAUUCUUCUCAAUCCAGAAUCAUUGUCAGUUUUCACAGAUGAGUAGUGGUAUGAUGUUAGUAACGACUACUUGUUCUCUUAAGUUCUGUAGUGACAAUAUGAUAUGAAAUGAUGAUCACAAUAUUGAUUGGGCAGUCUCCCUGAGAGCCAAACAAAAUAUGAUUGCUAAUACAAUUACACUAUUCACAGUGCUACUAUAAACAGUACUUGUACUUGAGAUUAAAAACAUUUCAGAGGUAUGCAUUUGAUAUCUACUGCUGGAGCCAGUCAUUACUAAUGCCAAGAACAAUGCGAUAUAACUCCUUCCCAUCCUUGAAUCAGUUUCUUUGCUGAAUUUUAACCUGUCUCGCAGGGUUUAAAUGGUUUUGUGAGUUAUUCUACAUUGUGGGAGGAACUUGUACUGGUUUCUGGCUCUACAGGAUAAAUAAAAUACAAACGCAGUCAAGUGGGAUAGACAUUAUGAUCAUAAUCAAAGCUGACUGAAAAGAGAUGGUGAAUGUUAAUAAGAAAAAGUGAAACUGACAAUGAAGAUAAAAAAUUAUG